CUGUCACGCCAACAUGCUCGCCGUCCGCCAAGCUAAGUACCUGGGCUCUUUCCUGGUGGCAGGCGGCGAGCACCCGCAGACCAAGCGAAGCGAAGCCGUCACUCAGCAACUCCAGCUCAUGAAGGAGUCUGGGCGUGCGGUUCCCGUACUCGUGGUUGUUGCGCUCUCGGGAGUCAAAGUAUGCGACCCAGAAGACAAGAGUGUGCGCAUGUCACAUGCGUUGCGUCGUAUCUCGUAUGCAACGUGUGAGUCCUCCCGGGCGUUGUUCGCGCUGGUGGCUCGCCAGCCGCGCUCAGAGCCUGCAGAUCACUACUGCCACGCGUUCGAAACUGACACGCCGGAACAGGCGGAGGAACUAAACACGCUGGUGGGAGAUGCUUUCCGAAUGGCGUUCGCGUCGCAGCUUCAGCCCUCUGCACCAUUAUGGAGCAAGGAGCUAAGCAGCGAGUGUAACGGCAUGGGCGUUCGAGCCCCCGACACCCUGCCAGGACUCAUGCACCACUACCCGCAUUGUGGAGAUAGAUCGCCAGCGAAAUGCGACAUCAUGGGCGUAACGAAACUUGUGAACGAGGCAAGUCCGAGCAGUUCAGAAGAGUCAAACUCACCCACCGAGAUCAACUGCUACCGAAGACUGGGGGACCGGCCGCCUCUUAUGAAGAGACUGGCCAUGGGUCUCAGUGGUGCUCUACUGCAGCCAUCUGAUGAUGACUCCACACCCCUCGUCGCAGACACUCCUACAACUCCAACUAAUUUGCCGUUAUGUUUAAACGCGGGAUACAUCAACGAGGCCUCAGAAGCCGAAGCGAGGACUAGAGAGAGUAACCGAGAUCAUCCCAUAGUGCCUCCCACUCCUCGACGCAAUGAUAACCUCAUGCAAAACGACCUGGAUACAGAUUUUCGAAGAUGUAACAAUACGAAGAAUGGAAGUCCGUCGGCGGUUUGUAGUCGAACUACGUCUUCCUCAUCAGGCGCCUCGUCGUGUGGCGGAGGUAUCUCCCACGGUUCAGGAAAUAAUAAUGUACCGAGAGCCGAACCUGAGCUCCGACAGGCGCCGUGGUUCCAGCAGGGGAUACCUAGAGAGAUAGCAUUAGAAGUGCUGAGCAGUCAACCUGUUGGUGCGUUUCUCGUAAGAGGGAGCACGACUCAGGCCGGAUGCUAUGCUCUUUCAGUGAGAGUCCCUCGUGAUUUCCAACCGACCGGCAUAGCGCAUUAUCUUAUUUUAAGGACACCUAAAGGAUACAAAAUUAAGGGCUUCACAAAAGAGUUCACGUCCCUGACGGCGCUGGUGACGCACCACAGCGUGAUGCCAGAGCUACUACCGGCGCCGUUGCGGCUGCCGCGCGCGGGCCCAGGGCGCGCGCCUCCCCGCCGCCGCGACCACGCCGACAUCGACGCCUUGGCACCCCACCCUCACCAACACAACCCGCAGCAAACGCACUUCCUGGCCCAGCUCGAUGUUUAAACAGCCGACGGAGCACUCAAACAGAAACCGUCUGUAAGACGAUCGUGCUAAGUACAAUAAUUCAGUGUAUUCAAUGAUGAGCACCGAAAUUUAGAUGAAAACAUAAACCUAAUGCAACAAAAUAACUAUCAAGUUUUAGUUUUAAGCUAUUGCAGAGCUUUUAUCGC